AGCGGUGGAGCAUGCUGAGUGUUGUGAGGGAAAGGUCGGCUGUUAUAAUGGAGCCCUGUCACCGCUGACUGACACCGGGAGCCGGGGUUCUGCUGGUGUUUUCCGCAGGGUUUCUGCAGGAGUGUGUCCCCAGCUGCCACUGAGCUGCAGGUGUGAAUAUUCAUGCUUCCCUCCAGCCUCAUGGCAAAGAUGAGCUGGGCUGCUGGUACUCAGUGUGUGGCUAAGGGAGAUCACAAGAAGCCAAAGCCUGAAGAGCUGUGUUACCACAAAGGGGACAUCCUCACCAUCAUCCACACCAGCACGAAGAAGGGGUUCUACAGAGUCAGACACAACUCCAGCGGAGAGGAAGGACUCAUCAACUCUACAAACGUCCGUGAGAGAGAAGCUCUGCGAGUCGACCCCGGACUCAGCUUCAUGCCUUGGUUCCACGGGAAGAUUUCGGGUCCAGAGGCGGUUUGUAAGCUGCAGCCGGCAGAGGACGGGCUGUUUCUGGUCCGAGAGUCCAUCCGCCACCCAGGAGACUACGUCCUGUGUGUGAGUGUCUCCAGAGACGUUGUCCACUACCGUGUCAUAUACCAGGACAACAAGCUGACCAUCGACAACACACAGUUCUUCUACAACCUCAUCGACAUGAUCGAGUUUUAUUCAAGGAACAAAGGCUCGAUCGCCACGACUCUCCUGAAGCCAAAACAAAAACACGGAUCCAAGUCCGCUGAACUGGAGCUGUCCAAAAGUGGAUGGCUGCUGGACAUUACGAAGCUCAAACUGGGAGAAAAUAUUGGAGAAGGGGAGUUUGGAGCUGUGUAUGAAGGAGAGUAUUUGGGCCAGCAGGUGGCGGUAAAGACCAUCAAAUGUGACGUGACGGCUCAGGCCUUCCUGCAGGAAACCACCGUCAUGACGAAGCUGCAGCAUAAGAACCUGGUGCGCCUGUUGGGGGUGAUGCUCCACAAAGGGCUUCACAUCGUCACAGAGCUCAUGACUAAGGGGAACCUUGUGAACUUCCUGAGGACUCGAGGACGAUCGGUGGUGAACUCAGUUCAGCUGCUGCACUUCGCUCUGGAUGUGUGUGAGGGGAUGGAGUACCUGGAGUCCAAGAAGUUGAUCCACAGAGAUUUGGCGGCUCGUAACGUCCUGGUUUCUGACGACAGCGUGGCUAAAGUCAGCGACUUCGGGCUGACGAAGGUGGUCUCCAAGGCCAAGUCCGAUAACGCCAAACUUCCCGUCAAAUGGACGGCGCCCGAGGCUCUGAAGAAAGAGAAAUUGUAAACAAAGC